UACUUUUUUGACAACCUACUGAGCUGCUUUUCUAAAUUUCUCUCUAAAUCAUUUCUGUUACUUAGUUCGUUCACCUUUAUACAACUAUACAUACUUAUAGAUAUUGUUGAAGGGAUCGCUUUAAUUUCACUCGAAGCAUUUCCAUUUUGAAAAGCUAGUGGAACAGCUGGGAAAACAAUAUGGCUGAUUCGUCGUCGAUUUGUCCGAGUAUGGCUGAGGCGGCUACGGUAGUGGAGGAGAUAACUUCCAUGGAUUCAGAACUGUACUGGGCCGCAGCAAAAGGCGACAUUGAUAUUUUCAAGGAAGACACAGAGCUGCAACUUGACCAAAUAUUGACCCCAGGUAAGAACUCAGUCCUCCAUGUCCAUAUUACUGCUUCACUAACAGGAGAAACAGACUUUGUGAAUGAGAUACUAGGGACUUGCCAACAACUGUUGAAGCAAUCCAAUGGAGACGGCGACAUUCCCCUGCACAUGGCAGCCAGAUACGGCCAUGAAAACAUAGUCAACCUUCUCAUCGACCGUAACAAAGCUCUUGAUCAUGAUCAUUGUGAUCUAGAGAGCGGUACUGUUGUUGGUGGAGUAGCGGCCAAAGAGAUGCUGAGGAAGAAGAACAAAGAAAACAACACGUCGUUACACGAGGCCGUUCGGUUUCGGCACCUUGGUGUUGUACGGAUAUUGACUAGAGAAGAUCCUGAUUACUUGUAUGAUGCUAAUGAGAGUGGUGAGACGCCGCUUUACAUGGCCGCCGAGAGAGGGUACGGUGACGUGGUUUGUGAAAUCCUGAGCAACUGCUCUUCGGUAGCUGCUGGUGGGCCCAAUCGUAGAACUGCUCUCCAUGCUGCUGUAAUCGCCAAAGAAAAAGAAAUCACAAAAAAAAUUCUCAAAGAAAAAGUACACUUGACGAAGGAAGCCGAUGAUAAAGGUUGGGUUCCGUUGCACUACGCUGUAGAUUUGAAUCAUUUGUCGAUUGUCCAGAUAUUGCUCCAUUGUGACAAAAAGGUAGCCUACUCUAGAGAUAAGGAAGGCAGAACACCUCUUCAUAUUGCAGCUUCCAAGGGCAAUUAUAAGAUUCUACGACGAAUUAUACUAUUGUGUCCAGAUUGUUGUGAAGUGAUGGAUAAUAAAGGGUGGAAUGUUCUUCAUCAUUUGGUACAACGAAGGGCGAAGUGGUUGUUAUCGAUGAAACUUAUCCUAAAGAAUCCUGCAUAUAGUUACCUUUUAAACGUCAAAGAUAAUGAAGGAAACACCCCUUUCCAUUUUCUCAUGAGUACGGAUAUGGCAAAGAGAUUACUUGCUCAUCCUAGACUUGAUAAAAUGGUAUUCAACAAACAAAAUCAAAAUGCUCUCGACAUGGCUUCUACUAGUAAUGGACGAGUGUUCGGCAAGCGAUUACUCCAAGAUCGUUUACGUAAGGUAGGCUUAAGGCUUUCUCACCGAAUAAUAUCAAAUACUAGCAAGGAUGGCGAGAAAUUAGAUAAUGAUCAUAACAACGUAAUCCAAUUCAAUGAUUCUAGGAAAGAUAAAGCUAUUGAAGGUUCUCUUAUCGCGGCAUCGCUUAUUGCGACAGUAACUUUCACAGCAGGUUUUACCUUGCCUGGUGGUUUUGUGACUGACAAAGGCCCACUGCAAGGCACUGCAAUUCUAAGAAGAAACAAAUCAUUUCAGGCAUUUGUGAUAACAGAUAUGAUAGCCUUUGUGUUGUCUAGUACUGCAGUCCUCAGCCUCCUUUUCAUGUUGUUGAGUAAGAAUAAGAACAUUUCGACAUUCUUAUUUGAGAGAGCCAUUCUACUAAUCUUGUGGGCUAUGGCAGCAAUGGUGCUUUCCUUAAUGACAGCUAUGCUUGCUGUUUUAGAAUCUUCCCUGGUGCUCGCCAUUCUUGUUUUAAUUAUUGGAUUAUAUUUCUUCUACCACUUUUUAGCCCAUGCAAUAUCUUGGUUCAACCGAGUAUUUGCAUAUGGUUUAAGUACAUUUUAAUGGGUGUAACUAAAUUGUUUCUCUUUCUUUUUUCGCUCUAUUUUUGUUGUAAAGCCAAAGGAAACUGGCCCUUUACCAUGUUUGAUUUUAAGAAAGGAAUAUAUGUAAACUAGCAUGCGUACUAAUUUA